ACUAGUGCCGAGUGUCAUCCGACAUUCUUUCGAGAGUAUCCGAAGUAGUUCCGGAUUAUUCCGAAUCAUAAACUCGCCCCAGUUUUUCUUUAUCGAGAUAUUCAAGAUGGCGGCUCAUUCUGUGGCGAGUACUUAUCAGAACUUCUCGUUAAAUGAUGUCUUUGGGAAGCCGAAAUCUCUUAUGAACCAGCAAGAAAUACAAAGUGAAUUAGCUCCUGAUUUUAUGAAUGAUUGCCGAUUUGCUGUGCCGUCAGGAAUGGAUCCGGUCGAGUUUCUGAAACCUUUUAGCAAUGGAGAAAGCGAUGUAAAAAUCCAAUUUGACCAUGGAACGACUACACUGGCCUUCAAAUUCAAGCAUGGUGUUAUUGUAGCUGUUGAUUCAAGAGCAACAGCUGGCUCUUAUAUAGCUUCACAGACUGUCAAAAAGGUCAUUGAAAUCAAUCCUUAUCUUCUGGGUACUAUGGCUGGAGGAGCUGCUGAUUGUUCAUUCUGGGAGAGACUUCUUGCCAAACAGUGCAGGAUCUAUGAGCUACGUAACAAAGAAAGGAUAUCAGUUGCUGCAGCCUCUAAAAUCCUGGCCAACAUGGUGUAUUAUUACAAAGGCAUGGGUUUGUCAAUGGGUACUAUGAUCUGUGGCUGGGACAAAAAGGGUCCUGGUCUGUACUACGUAGACAGUGAUGGCACAAGACUCAGUAAUUAUAUGUUUUCAGUUGGUUCUGGGUCGACCUAUGCCUAUGGUGUCCUAGACAGUGGAUAUAAAUAUGAUCUGACUCCAGAGGAAGCACAUGACCUUGGCAUAAGGGCUAUCUACCAUGCAACUCACAGAGAUGCCUACAGUGGAGGUGUUGUGAACCUAUACCACAUGCAAGAGACAGGCUGGAUCAAGGUGUAUCAGAUUGAUGUAGCUAAACUACACUACCAGUUCCAGAAAGAGAAAGCUAAAUAAUUUAUUGUCCAGACUUGAUGGUUUUUCACUUGUGCAUAUUAUUUAGGUUCUAGUAAAUGAAUCUCUCAUGAAUAAAACUAACAUUUCCCAUUUCUCUAAACCUUUUUCUCCAUCUUGUAAUUCAUUGUUAGUCUGAAGCUUGUGGUUAUUACAGAAUCACAAAUAAAGAAUGUGCUUGUCCUUCUGAAUUAAAAAAAGUUUGAGUAAAA